AUGGUACCUGUUGAAAACGCAGAGGGCCCCAGUCUGCUGAAACCGAAGGGGCGCGCGGCGGAGGCUGAUGGCAGCGACAGAGCCAGCGGCGGCCCGCAUCCUCCCUGGGCGCGAGGUUGUGGCAUGUAUACGCUCCUGUCGUCUGUCACAGCUGCUGUCAGUGGCUUCCUGGUGGGGUAUGAACUUGGCAUCAUCUCUGGGGCUCUUCUGCAAAUAAGAACCUUGUUAGCCCUGACCUGCCAUGAGCAGGAAAUGGUGGUGAGCUCGCUGCUUAUCGGGGCCCUCCUGGCCUCUCUAAUCGGAGGGGUCCUGAUUGACAGGUACGGGAGAAGAGCCGCCAUCAUUUUGUCCUCCUGCCUUCUCGGACUUGGGAGCCUGGUCUUGAUUACCAGUUUAUCUUACACCACUCUUAUAGGGGGGCGCAUUGCUAUCGGAGUUUUCAUUUCACUCUCCUCCACCGCCACUUGCGUCUACAUCGCAGAAAUUGCUCCCCAACACAGAAGAGGCCUUCUCGUGUCACUGAACGAGCUGAUGAUUGUCAUUGGCAUUCUUUUUGCCUACAUUUCAAAUUAUGCAUUUGCCAACACUUCCCAUGGCUGGAAAUACAUGUUCGGCCUUGUUAUUCCCUUGGGAGUUUUGCAAGCCAUUGCAAUGUACUUUCUUCCUCCAAGUCCUCGAUUUCUGGUGAUGAAGGGACAUGAGGAAGCUGCUAAUAAGGUUCUUGGAAAGCUGAGAGCUAUCUCGGAUACAACGGAUGAACUCACUGUGAUAAAGUCAUCCCUGAAAGAUGAAUAUCAGUACAGUUUUUGGGAUCUCUUUCGUUCAAAAGACAACAUGAGGACCCGAAUCAUGAUAGGUUUAACGCUAGUAUUUUUUGUACAGAUCACUGGCCAGCCAAACAUAUUAUUCUAUGCAUCUACUGUUUUGAAGUCUGUUGGCUUCCAAAGCAAUGAGGCAGCUAGCCUCGCCUCCACGGGGGUUGGGGUUGUCAAGGUCAUCAGCACCAUCCCAGCCACCCUUCUCGUAGACCAGGUUGGGAGCAAAACCUUCUUGUGUAUCGGUUCCUCUGUGAUGGCAGCUUCGUUGGUGACCAUGGGCAUCGUGAAUCUCAACAUCCACAUGAACUUCACCAGUAUCUGCAGAAACCACAGUCCUAUCAACCAGUCCUUGGAUGAGUCUGUGUUUUAUGGACCAGGUAACUUGUCAGCCAGCAAUGACACUCUUAGAGAAUCCUUUAAAGGGAUGACUUUCCACAGCAGAAGCUCACUGAGGCCCAGGAGAAAUGACAUAGUGGGGAGAGGAGAAACGACCCUGGCAUCGUUACCAAAUGCUGGACUAAGCCAAACUGAAUACCAGAUCGUCACAGACUCUGCAGAUGUCCCCACUUUUUUGAAAUGGCUUUCUUUAGCCAGCUUGCUUGUUUACGUUGCUGCCUUUUCAAUUGGUCUAGGACCAAUGCCCUGGUUGGUGCUGAGCGAGAUUUUUCCUGGUGGAAUUCGAGGACGUGCCAUGGCUCUGACUUCCAGCAUGAACUGGGGCAUCAAUCUCCUCAUCUCUCUGACAUUUUUGACGGUGACGGAUCUCAUUGGCCUGCCGUGGGUGUGCUUUAUAUAUACAAUUAUGAGUCUAGCAUCCCUAGUUUUUGUUAUUGUGUUUAUACCUGAAACAAAAGGAUGCUCUUUGGAACAAAUAUCAAAGGAGCUGGCAAAAGAGAACUAUGUGAAAAACAACAUUUGCUUUAUGAGUCAUCACCGGGAGGAAUUAGUGCCAAAACAGCUUCAAAAAAGCAACCCCCAAGAGCAGUUCUUGGAGUCUAAAAAGCUACGGGGUAAGGGACAGCCAAGGCAGCUUUCUUCAGAGAUCUGA